UCAGUCAACAUGGGUCGGUGGACGCUCCACAACAUUUUAUUCCUCAUCCUUCUCUGCAGCGCCAACGCACAGUUGGAUUCUCUCAGAAGAUCUUCAUCAACACGCAGAUCUAGGGGACGCUUCAAGUCACCAACAGUUAGUUCUGCACCAAGGUUCACUCUGCUGGCUCCAGACCUGCUGAGGACAGACAGCCAGGAGAACAUCUACCUCCAGGCAGACGGUCUGUCCACCGCCGUCACCGCCUCUAUCUCCAUCGUGGACUUCAGUAGGACCACCUCGCUCCUGCGGGACUCUGUGACACUCAAUCCGGACAAUGGAUUCUACGCUCUCAAGACUAUACAGCUUUCCUCGAAACAUUUGAAACGCGAAGAGAAAACGAACAAGUAUGUGUAUCUGAAGGUGGACUUUGGGGUCCAUCACUCAGAGGAGAGGGUACUGAUGGUGUCCUUUCACUCUGGAUACAUCUUCAUCCAGACAGACAAACCCAUCUAUAAACCUGGAGAUAGUGUUCGAUUCAGAGCAUUCACGUCCUCUCCGUCCUUCAAGGCCUUUAACAGCACCAUCACAAUAGAUAUCCAGAAUCCUGGCGGUGUGGUGGUGAAACAGGUCCCCACGAUCAAAGCUGUUGAUGGUGUUUUUAGUGACGCUUAUCCUCUCUCUGAUGUUGCAAAUGAAGGGAAAUGGACGGUGACUGCAAAGUUUGACCACAGGCAGCAGAACACUUUCACCUCCCAGUUCGAGGUGAAGAAAUAUGUGCUUCCUGCCUUCAAUGUUACCCUGACGCCCAGGAAGUCUUUCCUAAACCUGGAUGACAAUGAACUGGUUGUAGAGAUCUCGGCCAGGUACCUGUACGGGGAGCCGGUCCAGGGGACGGCCUAUGUGGUGUUUGGAGUGAAGAUCAAUCAGGAGAUGAGAAGGUUGCCUUCAGUGAAGAAGGUGUCAGAUCUGGACGGAGGAGUUGUCACACUGAGCAUGGAGGAGAUCAAGAGAGCUUACCCCAACAUCAGGUCUUUGGUGGGCCACUCUGUGUAUGUGAAGGCCUCUGUGCUCACCAAGUCAGGCAGUGAUCUGGUUGAAGCAGAGAAGACUGGCAUUAAAAUUGUGGAGUCUCCGUACAUCGUAUCCUUCAAAGACAUACCAAAGUACUUCAAGCCGGGCCUGCCCUUGGACUUCACAAUCCAGGUGAGCCACCACGACAGUUCUCUGGCCCGAAACGUCCUGGUCAAAUUGAAGCAGCUGGACGCUCCCGUGGUUGUCUCCUCCGGCAGCACCAGAGUCACCAUCAACAUGCCCACACAUCAACUCCCACAAACCAUCACUGCUGAGACGAUGCAGGCUGACCUGAGACCAGAGCAGCAGGCGAAACAGCAGAUCACAGUUCAGCCGUUCAUGGCCUUCAGACAGCACAAACAGAACUACCUGUACAUCUCCACAGGGACCAACAUGGUGUCUGUAGGAGACAGACUGUCGCUGAAGCUGAGCAUCAUUCAUGCAGACCCGACAUACAAGACAUUCUUCACACACGUCACCUACCUGGUGCUAAAUAAAGGCAAAAUCAUUGUUGCUGAGCGAGUCAAUGUGACGGAUCAGCAGAUCACCAGCGUCGGGCUGCCGAUCACCCCCGAGAUGACGCCUUCUUUCCGUUUUGUGGCGUUCUACAGUAUCCCCUGGAAGGAGCAGGAGGAGGUGGUGCCGGACUCCAUCUGGGUGGAUGUGGCAGAUUCCUGUGUUGGAGGGCUGACGGUCGGGCCGGUGGACGGUGUAGCUCGAGACUACACUCCUGGGGCGACCUUAAAUUUUCAGAUUAGAGGAGAUCCGGGGGCAAAGGUCAACCUGGUGGCUGUGGACAACGCUGUGUUUCUGCUCAACAGGGACAGACUUACACAGAGAAAGAUUUGGGGCUCGGUGGCGCUCGGAGACAUCGGCUGCAGCCGAGGGGCGGGCAGAAAUGCCCCGGCGGUGUUCUCAGAUGCAGGACUGCUCUACGCCUCCAGCACCGGGUUCAAAACCGGAACUCGACAAACCCUGAAGUGUCCAGGCAGUGCCAGAAGGAAGCGCUCUGCUGAACUGUUGCAGCGUAAAGCCCAGCUGGAGAGUCAUUACAAGAAUAAGCUGCAGCGUCGCUGCUGUCAGGACGGCCUCAGGGAGAUCCUCAUGCCGUACUCCUGUACGCGACGCUCCCUCUACAUCACAGAGGGCUGGGAGUGCAUCCGGGCCUUCCGUUACUGCUGCACCACCUACAGGAACCAAGUCUUUGACACCGAGAUUCCCACCACCCCUCCGCCCUUAACCACAACUCUGCCCACCAUCUCCCCUUCCAUGACCAGUGUUCAAGUCCAUAUGUUUGAGAUUCUUAUUUCAGAGAUAUGUAAUGACCUGCUAAUCAUAUUUAAAUGUGUUCACUUAGAUUGGGGACAUGAACAUGGAUUACCUGGAUUGUCUGGAAUGCCUGGGCGGUCUGGUGCGUUUGAACCUGAAAUGCAUAUGACCUAUACAAAUGCAAACAAAAUGGCGGAAGAAGAGGAAGAAGAGGAAGAAGAGGAAGAAUGGGAAUAUCUGGGUGAGACUGAAGUUAAUCUACGAUCGAAAUUCUACGAGUCUUGGCUGUGGACGGAUGUUUACCUGCCCGGCCAGGCCGACAGUGACGGGUUGGUGUCUAAGAACAUGAACCACCCCUUACCUGACAGCAUCACAGAGUGGGGAGUUCUGGCCGUCAGUGCGUCACCUCAUACAGGUUUCUGUGUGGCCGAGCCGUACAACGUCAAAGCAUGGAAGCGUUUCUUUGUGGACCUGAAGCUGCCAUAUUCAGUGGCGAGGAACGAACAGGUCCAGAUCAAAGCCGUCAUCUAUAACUACGGCAACAACGAGCUGCGUGUGAGGGUGGUGCUGAUGAAGACUGAAGGCAUGUGCAGCAUUGCCUUUAAGAACAGACACACACAGGAAGUGACGCUGGCGGCCGGCUCUUCUGUGGCGUUGCCUUACACCAUCGUACCGCUGGUGGUGGGGGAACUUCCUCUGGAGGUGAUGGUGUUAGAAACAGACAUGAUGAUAGGAGACCGCAUCCAGAAACCUCUACGGGUGGUGAUGGACGGAGUGCAGAAGACUGAAGUUUGGAGUGCGGUGUUGAACCCGUCUGCAGAGGGAGGAACGCAGACAGUUCGUAUGAGGAGGGCCAAACUGGUGUCAGUUGUGCCGAAUACUGUGCCAAAAACAUUCAUCAACAUCAGAGGCAAUGUGCUGGCAGACAGCAUUGAUAACUCCAUCAGUGAGGACUCUCUGGCUUCCCUGAUCCGGAUGCCCGGCGGCUGUGUGGAGCAGAAUUUGGCCAGCAUCACUCUGCCGCUCAUCGCCACUCUCUACCUGGAGACAACGAGCAGCUGGGAGAGUGUGGGGGUGCAGCGCAAGGCUGAGGCUCUGCGGUACAUCAGGAGAGGCUAUGAGAAGCAGCUGUCAUACAAAAAGAGUGAUGGCUCUUACCCCCCCUACAGGAAGGAAGGUGCAAGUACAUGGGUCACGGCGUACGUGGUGAAAGUUUUCUCCAUGGCUUACUCCAUCACCGACAUCAACGUGCAGCAAGUGUGCGACCCUCUGCUCUACCUUGUGAAGAACAAACACAAGCUUAAUACGGGGAGCUUCGUAGAGGACAACCCAGUUUACACCACCACCAUGACUGGCGGUCUCCGUGGAGACGACCCCGAGACAACCCUGACAGCCUUCGUCCUCAUAGCGCUCGCUGAGGCCAAGCGGGCCGGAAUCCGCUGCACUGGUCCCAAUGUUGAUGUAGUUAUCAGUAAGACAGCUGAAUACCUGAAGAGUGCGCUGAUGAGCACGGGGAGGAGGCCGUACACUGUGGCCAUCGCCUCCUACGCGCUGGCUCUGCUUGGCAAAGCUCAAAACUACAACCCCACACACGCUUUACUCAGUGCUGCAGCUCCAGGUGGCAGCUACUGGCCGGACAAUCAGAACACCUUGUUCACCUUGGAGGGGACCGGCUACGCCCUGCUGGCUCUGGUCAAAUUGGGCCGCAUGGAGGAAGCUGCGGCGCCGUUUAAAUGGCUGAACAGCCAGAGGAGGAGAGGAGGAGGCUUCGGCUCCACUCAGUCCACCAUGGUGGUGCUGCAGGCGCUGUCAGAGUACCUGAUCAACAAACCUCCUCCUGAUAGAUUCAGUCUGGACGUGGACGUCAGGAUGACGGGGCGCAGCGAGAUACGCUACCAUUUCAACCCCGAGACCGCCUACGCCGCUCGCUCCUCCAAUUUGCCUCCUGAUCUUGAUCUGGAAGUACAGGCUCAAGGGAAUGGACAGGGAAUACUGGAGGUUGUGACUCAUUACAACCAGCUGCAUGAGGUGGAGGAGAAGAGGCCCUGCAAGGACUUUGAGCUCAAUGUCACUAUCGAAGAAUCCAGCGAAAAAGCUCCAGCAGAUGUAGAAAAGUCCUACCAGAUCACCAUCAAAGUGAAGGCUUUAGGACCCGAAGACGUCAGGAUGGUUGUUCUGGAUAUAAGUCUGCCCACUGGCUUCACCCCAGAAAACUCCGACCUGGAGAGGUUGUACAACUCAGUGGACCGUUACAUCAACAACUUCCAGAUUGUUGAUAACCUGAGUGACAGAGGCUCGCUGAUCAUCCACCUGUUCAAGGUGUCUCACAGAGAGCCAGAGAUCCUGAUCUUCAGGCUUCAGCAGAGCUUCAAAGUCGGCCUCCUGCAGCCUUCCUCGGUCACCGUCUAUGAGUACUACAACCCAGAUCACCGCUGCAGUCGCACCUACACCCCCAGGGAGGACAAAGAGGAGCUCACGAAGAUCUGCUUGGACAACAUCUGCCGCUGCACACAAGGUGACUGCUGCGUCCCGAAAAAAGACAGUGAAAACUUCUCCAACAAAGAAAGAGAGACGUUUGCCUGCAAGUCUUUACACCACGUUUUCCAGGUGAAGGUGCUGAGUAUCAUCCACAGUUACUACGACAAAUACGAGCUGGAGAUCACACAAGUUAUCAAACUGGGUGUGGAGGGUGGAGUUGAAGUGGGCCAGAAGAGGGUUUUCAUGUCUCACGGAGGCUGCAGAGAUGAACUCAACCUGGAGCUGGGCUCCCAGUACCUCAUCAUCGGACCCAAAGAGGACCAGUGGAACAUCGACAGUGACACCAACAGAUUCAUCUACAUGUUGGGAAAGGACACCUGGGUGGAGCGCUGGCCUACGGUUGCAGAGUGCUCCAGCAAUCCCGGCCUGCAAACUAAAUGCAAGAGCCUCGAUGACGCUGCAAAUGAACUGUCUGUCAACGGCUGCAGGCUGUAGAGCUGCUCCUGUGACACUUUGUUGCUGCUAAUUAACUGCACACGCAGAGAUUCAAUGAUCAUUUUAGGACAUAAAAACAAGUUUCACUGUGGAACAAAAGAACAGAAAGUGGAGUUUGGUAUAUGAACAUACACAUGAGGUAAUUCUCUACUGUAAUGAUGUCAUAAGAAUUAAAUACAAUUAUAGGUCACAAUGCAAACUGUAACAUGAGCUAAAAUAAAA